CCUGUUGACUGUGAGGUGAAUGUACGAUUUUAACUACUUUGGAUAGCCAAGACAAUGGACCAUUUCUUCAAAGCGUCAAUCGUCCUUAUUUACAUUUACAUUCAACGGUGUACUGCAGAAUCCUUACACUGUUUGUCUUGUACGGAUACUGUAUCCCCCCUCCACUGUCAUCUCAUCAGAAAAUGUCCUGCUGGUGAUGUAUGCUACAUAGAACAAUUUAGGACAAUCAAUGGAGAAAACCUUUACAAUAUGGGGUGCUACACAGAAAGGAUUUGCCAUGACCGUCAAAUGAAAGCUAGAAAACGACAAUCGUCACAUGUGACCGGAAGUGAAAAUCCACAGUGUGUACACUGCUGCAAAUCUGAUGCCUGUAAUGUACAAGGUUGUCACUCUACAGGGUUUCCUCUUCAACGUGGACCUUUGUGUUUUAACUGCAAACAGAGCAGCAACCCGGAACUCUGUCGUUACGUCAAGGUUUGCGAGUUUGAUCAGGUUUGUCAUCUGCAUGAAGAGGAGGAAUUUGGAGACAAAUUUUAUGCAUCGUCAUGUUUACUUCAGAAUGUAAGUGGAUCUGAUAAACACAACUUAAACGCUCCAGCUGUUUUUGUCAGUGUCAGUACUGGUCAGUAUGGGAAUCGUCAAUUGAUUCCAAUUGAUGUUGGGAAUCGUGAAUUGAUUCCAGUAUGA